ACAUACGCACGUGCCUACCUCCAUUUUUCGUCUCAACUUUUGCUUUCUUUUUUCAAAAAAGAAAAACUUCUUUUACCUUCUUUUUAUUUGCUCUUCUUCUACGGCUCUGCCUUAAGAUAAGAAAAACCUAAACACGAAGAGAAAAAUCUUCAAUUGAAGAAAACCUAAAAAAUCUCUCAAUAAUUUACUCUGCAAAUUCCGGCUUAGUAGCAGGGAGUAGCUGCUAUAAGGAUGUCAUCACCAAGCAAGAGAAGAGAUAUGGAUGUUAUGAAAUUGAUGAUGAGUGACUACAAUGUGGAGCCAAUCAAUGAUGGUAUUAAUGAAUUCAAUGUGGAAUUCCAUGGGCCAAAAGAAAGCCUUUAUGAAGGUGGUGUUUGGAAAAUCCAUGUGGAGUUACCAGAUACUUACCCGUACAAAUCUCCUUCCAUUGGGUUUCUUAAUAAAAUAUUCCACCCUAAUGUUGAUGAGAUGUCUGGUUCUAUAUGCUUGGAUGUUAUCAACCAAUCAUGGAGUCCAAUGUUUGAUCUUUUAAAUGUAUUUGAGGUUUUCCUUCCACAACUACUGCUUUAUCCAAACCCUUCAGACCCACUAAAUGGUGAUGCGGCAUCCCUGAUGAUGAAGGAUAAGCAACAAUAUGAAGAAAAAGUGAAAGAGUACUGUGAACGAUAUGCAAAAAAGGAAAAUAUCACCAUUACUCUCUCAGAAGAGAGCAACGAAGACAUAAGUGAUGAGGAUGUUAGCGAUGGAGAAAGAACAUCAAGCGAUGACAAUGUUGCUGGUGAUGCAGAUCCAUGAUGCUCAUCAAAUUUAAUUUAGGAAGCUGAAAGUGAAGGUAUGCUUGGCUGCCGAGCCGGUUUUGCCCCAAAAUCAGCAAUUCCGGUUUGGGUGAAGAGAGAACAAGGAGUGAGUGGAUAAACUUACCCGUCCUGAGAGAUUUAGGUCCCAAAUUUGGUUUGAUUUACUGUUCAUUUUGAUUUCAAUUUUGGGUUGAUGUAUCGGUGAGGCAUUUUGGGGUAGUUCUGGUUCCAAAUCGCCGUAUUAUUUUUGAAAAAAAAAAAAAAAAAA